AUGUACGACUUGUGCCCCUCUGUCGCAUCCUCCUCCACUGCCCCCCCGCCCUCCCCCCACCACCGGCAUCACCAUCACGGCCACCACACCCAUCAUCACGUCCACCACCGCGGCAACCACCGCUCGCACUCACCCAUCUCGCACAUCUCCACCCUCCUGCCGCACUCCCACCAGUCCCAGUACUCUCCCUCGACGCGCGCCGCAGAUAUCUCCCGUCUCCUUGACCCCGCCUACGCGAGCGCCUCCUCCUCCUCUGGCUCGUCAACGUGCACCAGCCCCACACAGCACAAAAACGACCAGACACGCGCGUACGUCGACCGCAACGGCGACCUCCACGACCCCGACUACCGCGACUUCCCUGUCCUCUCGCCACAGGCCCUUCCCAGCAUUUCGUCGCGCUACAAGCGCCGCCGCAGUGACGGAACCACGACGCGCUCGUCCAGCACCAGCCGCAACACCGACCGCCGGUACUCGUCAACCACGUACUCUGCCAUGACGCGACCCGAAUGGGAGCGCGACUGGUCACACGAGAUUGAGGACGAGGACCGCGAGAUGGAGGACGCGGACGAGAACGAGUCGCAGUCGCACUAUUCGCCUUUUGCGUCGACCGUGAACAUGCGCCGCAGUGCGAGCAUACACACCGCGCACACAUUCAAGCCGUACACGUCGUACUCACAAUUCAUCGUCGGGGAGCCACAGCCAAUCGCGAGUUCGCCAACGGUUUCGAUGGAUGACGAGCACGGGACAACGCAAAUACACGACUCGCCGCUGCAGGAAUCGCCAUUCCUGCCAGAGGAGCCGGAGCAGCUAGUAGAGGAAGCGCGGAGAAGUAGCGGCCACAGCAGUAUAUUGAGAAGGGGGUCCAAGAAGAGCGAGUCGAAGGUGCACGAGGCAUCUCUAUCUGAGAAGGUCGCCGUGGAGCGAUCGUCUCAGCGGCAAAUGAUCGCUCACGAUGGCCAUAUGGAUUCGCGUUUCGUCAGCCCGACGUGCGUCGCUGCCCUCCGCCAACAAUGGCAAGCAACCUUAUUACGGUUCCGAUUUGGCAUCUACCACGCAAAGCGGCGAUUGAGCGUACGCAGCAGACGG